GAUGCGACGACAUGUGUGACGGUCAACACCAAAAGUUUAGCGUUGCAGGGGUGCUCGCUACGCACAGUCAUUUUAGAUUUCACGCGGCGACCCCACCACGCCGCCGACGACGAGGAAAUUCGCGCCCGCGCACCCACGACCGCCUCACCCACGCACCAUGGCCGACUCCGACUCCGCGCCCGCCAGCGGCAGCAUCGCCGAGCAGUACAGCCUCCUGCCCAAGCUGAUGCCCAACCUCGACCGCCAUCUGAUCUACCCGCUGCUCAACUUCUCCAGCGACGAGGAUGCCGAGCAGACGCUGGACCAGAAGAAGCUGCUGAUCGAGCUGCUCAAGCCCACCAACAUGACCGACUUUGUCGGCCAGCUGCACCAGGACGUCCACGGCCUCGACGACCUGCCCGACGAGUACAAGCAGAAGCGCGACCAGGUCCUGCAGCGCCGCAACCAGCUGGAGGAGGACACGAGCAAGAUCUCGGGCCUGCUGGAUGAUGAGAAUGUCGUGACCAACCUGCGCAGCGACAAGACGCAGAACUUGGCCUACCUCAAGGAGAGCCACGGCGUCACGGUCGAGAUGGUCGACCAGCUGUACGAGUUCGGCCAGUUCCAGUACAGCUGCGGCGUCUACCCCCAUGCUGCCGAGCUGCUGUACCGCUUCCGUGUGUUGACCACAGACGGCGACAAGGAGCGCGAAGCCACCUGGGGCAAGCUCGCCUGCGAGAUCCUCUCCGUCAACUGGGACUCGGCCAUCGAGGAGAUCAACAAGAUCAAGGAGCUCAUCGACACACGCCUCUUCAACAACCCCCUCGCACAACUGCAGCACCGCACCUGGCUGAUCCACUGGUCGCUCUUUCCCCUCUUCAACCACGAAGCCGCCCGCGAGUCCCUCACCGACAUGUUCUUCUCCCCCUCCUACAUCAACACCAUCCAGACAAACUGCCCCUGGAUCCUGCGCUACCUCGCCGCCGCCGUCAUCACCGGCCGCAGCCGCGCCCGCAACUCGAACCAGUACCAGAGGCAGCUCAAGGACCUGAUCAGGAUAGUCAGGCAGGAGGGAUACGAGUACACGGACCCCGUCACCGACUUCAUCAAGGCCCUGUACAUCGACUUUGACUUUGAGGAAGCACAGAAGAAGCUCGGCGAGACUGAGGAGAUUCUCAAGAACGACUUCUUCCUGCUCGGUGCUGCUGAUGCGUUUGUCGACGCGGCGAGACAUCUCAUCUCCGAGAGCUACUGCAAGAUUCACCAGAGGAUCGACAUCAAGGACCUCUCCACCCGCCUCGGCCUCUCCCAAGACGAGGGCGAGAAGUGGAUCGUCAACCUCAUCCGCGAUACACGCGUCGACGCAAAGAUCGACUACCAGGCCGGCACAGUCGUCAUGAACCACCCACCGCAAUCUGUCUACCAGCAAGUCAUUGAGAGGACAAAGGGCGGCUUCUUCAGGACACAAGUUCUGAGUGCCGCGGUAGCGAAAUGAGCGUGGCCGCGAAUCCAGCAGCAGGGACGUUGCGUGUGGGGAUGUGAGGAUGGGGAGAUGGCAGACGGAGAUGCCGUGUUGCGUGAUGACGGAUGAUGAAAAAGUAACGGCUCCCAAUUUAGCAAGGUGGGGGGGGGGAUUGCAUGCAUGGCCAUCGGCGUCUAUUUGGGCUUCUCGAAAAGCUCUUCUUUGAUGGAUGGAUGGAUGGAUGGAAUGAUGGACGGGAAUGAAUGGAUGGA